AUGGACACUCUCCCUUACCUUCACGUGUCACAUGGCAAGUGCCCUCUCCCUGUGAGCGGCAAGGGUGAGAUGGAGGGAGAAGCCCUGGAGAGCUGCUUGGCCAUGAACAGUUCAGGGGAACAGGAAGCUUGCCUUGACCUCGGGUUCAAGAUUCCCUCCCUAGAGAUCUCAUCAAAUAACCAGGAAAGAUCAACCAACAGAGAAGAGACUGGAAUGAUCAUCUGCCCAGAAAGACUUUUCAUCUAUUCUAAGGACAGCUCCAAGAGAUUACCUGGGGGACUUCGUAUAAAAAAUAAGACAACCUGUGUUCCUGUGCAGCUUCAUCCCUAACCUUCCUCUAAGUGUCAAGAAGCAGUAGUUAGUCCACAAGCACGAGUGAAAUUACUGAACAAAAUUAAGAUGAAUACAGCACUCUAA